AUGCCAGGUUCAACAUUCAAAAAGUGCUGUGCAUGUGGUGGAGACAUCAGGGUGGCACGUCGCAAAUGUGACUUGUGUGGGGCAGCACAGCAAUUGAAAAGAAAACUGGAGUCGCAGAAAGAUCACUAUAAUGACAACUGGGCUCGAAACACCCUUAAGGGCAACAAUGUUGCCAAGGUUCUUAAUACUGCCCAUUUACUGGUAAGCUAGAUAUAAUGAAAUACUUACUAUCCUCCUUAUGAAUUAUUCAGGUGUGUAGGCAAAUGUAUGUGUACUAACUAGUUGGAUGACUAAAUUACUGUCUUAAAUCGUUUCAGAUCCACAAGCUGGAAAAGCUGGGGAUGGUCACUUUGAUCCUUGUGGGACGCCCUAACAAUCCCUCCAUCGGCUGGUCUGACGUUAUGUGUCCUCAGGGCUUCAAAGACCAACAGGCCAAAACUGUGGAAGAGAUUAAAUUGAUAUUUGACACAGCCAUGAAAGGUAUACAAUGUAAACUCAGCAAAAAAAGAAAUGUCCUCUCACUGUCAACUGCGUUUAUUUUCAGCAAACUUGUGUAAAUAUUUGUAUGAACAUAACAAGAUUCAACAACUGAGACAUAAACUGAACAAGUUCCACAGACAUGUGACUAACAUAAAUGGAAUAAUGUGUCCCUGAACAAAGGGGGGGUCAAAAUCAAAAAUAACAGUCAGUAUCUGGUGUGGCCACCAGCUGCAUUAAGUACUGCAGUGCAUCUCCUCCUCAUGGACUGCACCAGAUUUGCCAGUUCUUGCUGUGAGAUGUUACCCCACUCUUCCACCAAGGCACCUGCAAGUUCCCAGACAUUUCUGGGGGGGAAUGGCCCUAGCCCUCACCCUCUGAUCCAACAGGUCCCAGACGUGCUCAAUGGGAUUGAGAUCCGGGCUCUUCACUGGCCAUGGCAGAUCACUGACAUUCCUGUCUUGCAGGAAAUCACGCACAGAACGAGCAGUAUGGCUGGUGGCAUUGUCAUGCUGGAGGGUCAUGUCAGGAUGAGCCUGCAGGAAGGGUACCACAUGAGGGAGGAGGAUGUCUUCACUGUAACGCACAGCAUUGAGAUUGCCUGCAAUGACAACAAGCUCAGUCCGAUGAUGUUUGUGACACACCGCCCCAGACUAUGACGGACCCUCCACCUCCAAAUCGAUCCUGCUCCAGAAUACAGGCCUCAGUUUAACGCUCAUUCCUUCGACGAUAAACGCGAAUCCGACCAUCACCCCUGGUGAGACAAAACCGCGACAUGUCAAUGAAGAGCACUUUUUGCCAGUCCUGUCUGGUCCAGCGACGUUGGGUUUGUGCCCAUAGGCGACGUUGUUGCCGGUGAUGUCUGGUGAGGACCUGCCUUACAACAGGCCUACAAGCCCUCAGUCCAGCCUCUCUCAGCCUAUUGCGGACAGUCUGAGCACUGAUGGAGGGAUUGUGCGUUCCUGGUGUAACUCGGGCAGUUGUUGUUGCCAUCCUGUACCUGUCCCGCAGGUGUGAUGUUCGGAUGUAACGAUCCUGUGCAGGUGUUGUUACACGUGGUCUGCCACUGCGAGGAUGAUCAGCUGUCCGUCCUGUCUCCCUGUAGCGCUGUCUUAGGCGUCUCACAGUACGGACAUUGCAAUUUAUUGGCCUGGUCACAUCUGCAGUCCUCAUGCCUCCUUGCAGCAUGCCUAAGGCACAUUCACGCAGAUGAGCAGGGACCCUGGGCAUCUUUCUUUUGGUGUUUUUCAGAUUCAGUAGAAAGGCCUCUUUAGUGUCCUAAGUUUUCAUAACUGUGACCUUAAUUGCCUACCGUCUGUAAGUUGUUAGUGUCUUAACGACCGUUCCACAGGUGCAUGUUCAUUAAUUGUUUAUGGUUCAUUGAACAAGCAUGGGAAACAGUGUUUAAACCCUUUACAAUGAAGAUCUUUGAAGUUAUUUGGAUUUUUACGAAUUAUCUUUGAAAGACAGGGUCCUGAAAAGGGGAUGUUUCUUUUUUUGCUGAGUUUAUAACUUGGACAGAUAGGUAUAUUUUAUUAGUCCACGCAAGAUGGAAAUUUGUCUUCAGGUUUCAUCCAACGCCCCUGACAUACAUACAUACGUACAUGCAUACAUACACACACACACACACACACACACAAACACACAUUAGGUGGGAGGAGAGCGCAGCCGCAGUGCAGGGCCCAAUGAGCAGUUUAGGAGGUUAAGUUCCUUGCUCAAGGGAACAUCGGCAGUAGGUGGAUCCUGAGAUAUUGAUGCCAGCAACCUUCCGGUUGCCGGCUCACUCCCCGCCAGAUUUUCUCCACCCAUCAGCACUGGGAUUCGAAAAGACAACCGUCCUGUCGCUGGCCCGCUUUUCUAACCUUGAGGCUACUGCCGCCCCCUGGUAGCCUCGAAGUCAGAGAAGUGGGCCAGCAACCAGAGGGUUGAGAAAGAGAAGGAGAGAGAGUCUGUAUGCACGACCUUAUCAAUAUUCUGAAUUUGUCUGAGUUCUGUUUUAAACAUCUGUUGGUGUAGUUAUGUCCAGCCAGUUCAGAAGAAGUGGUAGUCGGUCCUUAAAUCAGAAUGGCACAGUAAAGGCAUAGCUGUCAUUUCCUUUAAGAGAUUACAGGGCACCACAGGACAAGGUACCUUUGUAUACCCUCUGUCUAUUUUGUUGUUGUAGGUGCGUAUGUGUGUAGGGUAUAGUUGUUAGGGAUUGGUCUUUAUUGAUUUAAUUCUACCUUACUAGUGUAGCAGUUGUUCAUUUUUUAAAUAACCACAUAACUGAAGGGGCCGGUACCUAUGGCUGGAUGGGAGGAGUGGGAAGUGAGGUUUCAUCAGUGGGUGAGUGUAGUGGUGUUGAUGCCUGAUAGGUUGGGUGUGGGAUUUCAGAGGCAGUGUGUUAUUUAAAAAAAGUGUAUUUCAGUUUGAGACUGUCAGACCCUGACAGUAUAAUGUAGCUGAAGAGGGGUGUAGGCAGGAGGGCUAGGGUGGCAAGGAGAAAGGCUGAGCUGCCCGCUCAUUCUGGAGCCUUAUAGAUGCCGGCACAAUGCUGGAGAGGCCUAUCUUCGUUGACAUGGGUAGAGACCUUAUCAUAGGCUGUUAUGGUAGAAUGGCAAACUGGUCAGACUGGAUGAGAGGGCAGAGAUGAUGUUCUUGCCCUUUUUUGGUUGCCCACUUUUCAUAGUUGACCUCGAGACUGUGUAGCUGGGUUACCACUAUUUAUCCUCUCACUGACACUAUCCUGUCCAGCCUGUUGUGGUUAGUGAGGGUUAGAGAGCCAAAACAGGAAGUUCUACUGAAGGUCAGGAUGGACUCUAUGAAGCACUUGUGGAAGGCUUGCAGAAUGGAUGUGGCGAGCCGGUGGAGAUGGUUGUUGUCUUUUAAGUUGAAGUUUACAACUGAAUAACAUUGUCAUUUUUUUUUGUUAUUCCCAGCUUUACAUGAAAAAAUGAUUCAAGAGGUGUCCCCAACCCCAGUGGAGGACUGCCCCCCACCCCUUGACAACCACACAUGUCUCCCACCUCCACCCCUCUGUAGCAGGAUAGCUAAUGCUGAUGUCGGGACCUUGACAAAUUUAACAGUGAGUGAGUGAUGACCAUGAAAACACACAAGACUGAUGGCUAUAGCUAUGUUCAAAAAGUAUAUUAUUCUUCUGGCUUUAUCUACAGUGCAUUCGGAAAGUAUUCAGACCCCUUCACUUUUCCACAUUUUGUUACUUUACAGCUUUAUUCUAAAAUUGAUUUUUUUUUAAUAACUCAUUAUUCUACACACAAUACCCCAUAAUGACAAAGUGAAAACAGAUUUAUUCAAAAUAAAAACAGUUGACAGUGCAUGUCAGAGCAAAAACCAAGCCAUGAGGUCGAAGGAAUUGUUCGUAGAGCUCAGAGACAGGAUUGUGUCGAGGCACAGAUCUGUGGAAGGGUACCAAAAAAUGUCUGUAGCAUUGAAGGUCCCCAUGAACAUCAUUCUUAAAUGGAAGAAGUUUGGAACCACCAAGACUCUUCCUAGAGCUGGCUGCCUGCCCAAACUGAGCAAUCGGGGGAGAAGGGCCUUGGUCAGUGAGGUGACCAAGAAGCCGAUGGUCACUCUGACAGAGCUCCAGAGUUCCUCUGUGGAGAUGGGAGAACCUUCCAGAAGGACAACCAUCUCUGCAGCACUCCACCAAUCAGGAAUUUAUGGUGGAGUGGCCAGACGGAAGCCACUCCUCAGUAAAAGGCACAUGGCAGCCCGCUUGGAGUUUGCCAAAUGGAACCUAAAGACUCUCAGACCAUGAGAAACAAGAUUCUCUGGUCUGAUGAAACCAUAAUUUAACUCUUUGGCCUGAAUGCCAAGCAUCACGUCUGGAGGAAACCUGGCACCAUCCCUACGGUGAAGCAUGGUGGUGGCAGCAUCAUGCUGUGGAGAUGUUUUUCAGCAGCAGGGACUGGGAGACUAGUCAGGAUCGAGGGAAAGGUGAACGGAGCAAAGUACAGAGAGAUCCUUGAUGAAAACCUACUCCAGAUUGCUCAGGACCUCAGACUGGGGCGACGGUUCACCUUACAACAGGACAACGACCCUAAGCACACAGCCAAGACAACGCAGGAGUCGCUUCGGGGCAAGUCUCUGAAUGUCCUUGAGUGGCCCAGCUAGAGCCCGGACUUGAACCAGAUUGAACAUCUCUGGAGAGACCUCAAAAUAGCUGUGCAGCGACGCUCCCCAUCCAACCUGACAGAGCUUGAGAGGAUCUACAGAGAAGAAUGGGAGAAACUCCCCAAAUACAGGUGUGCCAAGCUUGUAGCGUCAUACCCAAGAAGACUUGAGGCUGUAAUCGCUGCCAAAGGUGCUUCAACAAAGUACUGAGUAAAGGGUCUGAAUACUUAUGUAAAUGUGACAUUUCAGGGGUUUUUAAAUAAUAAAUGUGCAAACAUUUCUAAAAACCUGUUUUCACUUUGUUAUCAUGGGGUAUUGUGUGUAGAUUGAUGAGGAAUUGUUUUUAUUUUAUCCAUUUUAGAAUAAGGCUGUAACGUAACAAAAUGUGGAAAAAGUCAAGGGGUCCGAAUACUUUCCGAAUGCACUGUAGCUCUAUUUGUGAUGUUUUACCUUGCCUCGCUGGCUUGGUAGGUACAAUUUUACCUCGUGCAGGUACGAAUUCAAAGACUAGGAAGCGUUCGCAUUGUUUACCUCGGAAGGGGAUGCUUGCUACCAUCAGAGACGUAACGUUAGCAGCAAAACAAUACAUCUAGCCCCUUUCCCUUUAAAAUGUCUAAAAUGCAGCUGUUGCAGGUUUUUCUAAACGAGCGAUUACCAACAGUGGCUGCUGUGGAAAAAACGGUAUCAGAGUACCAGGAAGAAAUCUCCCGUUCAAAGGAGGAAAUCGAUCGUCUACGAAGGCUGCUGGAUUUGGCAUUCAAACCCGAAAUAAAGUUACAUAUUGCAGGUUAGUAGUGAGUAGCGAUAACCCCGCUAGAACAAUCUGAUUGAACCACCUAGCCAGGCCACUGACACUAAACAGUCGAUUCAUUCAAUUAUUUAUCUGUAACGUUACAACUAUUUAAAACGUAUGAAAUGUAACAUUCCAAUUGUAGUUUACUGUCGUAAAUCUAAUAGUUGGACUCAAGGCCACAUAGAACUGGAAACAAAAUCUAACUGAUACCCUGUUCUCCUCUUCAGACUCCCAGCAGCUCACUCUCCCUGUCCCUGAAGACGUUCCUCCUGAGCAGCAGGACUGGAGCCCCAGUCUGGGCCAGGGCAACCCAGAGCCCACACAGAUUAAAGAGGAACAGGAGGAGUUUAGGACAAGUCGUGAGGAAGAGCAGCUUGAAGGGCUGGAGUCUGAUAUCAAAGAGUUCAUAUUCACUCUUCCCUGUGUAAAAAGUGACUGUGAUCAGGACCCACCUCAGCCCUUAUAUAUUUACCAAACCCAGACUAUGGAGAACAGAGAGAGGGACUUUCUUCCCACCAAAACAAUUGAACAAGACAUCAAAACAGAACCUAAUGGUGAGGGCUACAGUGUAUCAGAACCAACAAGUGAAUCUCAACCCCUCUCUGCAGUACAUCCAGACUGUUCUGCAGCUCAUAUUGGGAACAGUGAAAGUGACAAUGGGGUGGACAGUGGAGGACUACUGUCAGGUUUAAAGCCACACAAAUCAAAGAGAACAAAGACAAAGAAAGGACAAAGCUCCCAGAUCUCUACCCAGGUCCGUAAAGCCAGUGAGCUGAAUGUGCAAUUGAAGGAUCACACAGGGGAGAGACAACACAGGUGUCCUGUAUGCAGUAAAUAUUUUCUGAAAACGAGCAAUUUAAAAAUACAUCAGAGAAUUCAUACUGGGGAGAAAUCAAUUCACACUGGGGAGAAAUCAGUUCACAUUGGGGAGAAACCAUUUCAGUGCAAAGAUUGCGGCAAAUGCUUCAUCCGGAUGGGAAACCUGACUGAGCAUAUGAGAAUUCACACAGGGCAGAAAUUAGUCUGGCUGAUACCCAACUCGAAGUCCUCCUGA